ACUGCCCCAUUUGGGGGUCACCGCCCCGGGGAGCCCAGGGUCCGGGCCUGGCCGCUGCUCCCGGGGGGGGCCGGCCCGGUGCCGGGGGCCGGGUCGGGGCGGUCCCGCGGGGCCCCGUUAAAGCGGCGGCGGCCGGAGGCGGUGGCCGGAGGCGGCGGCGAUGGGCAGCGAGGGGGAGCGGGGCCCGGCGGCAGCCCCCGGCCCGGGGCAGGGCGACCCGCGGGCGCUGCGGAGGGACUGCCAGCACCGGAUCUUCGUCAACCGGAGCCUGGCGCUGGAGAAGAUCAAGUGCUUUGGCUUCGACAUGGACUACACCCUGGCCAUGUACAAGUCCCCUGACUAUGAGGAGCUGGCCUUUGCCCUGCUACUGGAGCACCUCGUCUCCAUCGGGUACCCCCAUGAGAUCCUCGCCUACAAGUAUGACCCCACCUUCCCCACACGGGGGCUGGUGUUUGAUGCCCUGUAUGGGAACCUGCUGAAGGUGGAUUCCCAUGGGAACCUGCUGGUCUGCGCCCACGGCUUCCGCUUCCUCAGGGGGGCCGAAAUUCUCCGCUAUUACCCCAACAAGUUCAUCCAGCGGGAUGACAUGAAGCGCUUCCACAUCCUCAACACCCUCUUCAACCUCACGGAGGCUCACCUCUACGCCUGUCUGGUGGACUUCUUCACCAACUGCUCCAGAUACAUCAACUGUGACACUGGCUACAAGCACGGGAACCUCUUCAUGUCCUUCCGCAGCAUGUUCCAGGACGUGCGCGAGGCCAUGGACCACAUCCACCUCUCGGGCUGCCUGAAGAAGAAGACACUGGAGAACCUGGAGAAAUAUGUGGUGAAGGAUCCCCGCGUGCCGCUGCUGCUGAGCCGCAUGAAGGAGGUGGGGAAGGUCUUUCUGGCCACCAACAGCGACUACAACUACACUGACGCCAUCAUGUCCUACCUGUUUGACUUCAGCGAUGGGAAGGAGCCCAACACCCCGCAGAGCCCCUGGCGAUCCUAUUUUGACCUCAUCGUGGUGGACACCCGCAAGCCACUCUUCUUCGCUGAGGGUACCGUCCUGCGCCAAGUCAACACGGAUACGGGGAAGCUGCGCAUUGGGACGUACACUGGCCCGCUCCAGCACUGCGCCGUCUACUCCGGCGGCUCCUCGGAUGUGGUGUGUGACCUGCUGGGCGUGAAGGGCAAAGACAUCCUCUACAUGGGGGACCACAUCUUUGGGGACAUCCUCAAAUCCAAGAAGCGGCAGGGCUGGCGCACCUUCCUGGUGGUGCCCGAGCUGGCCCGCGAGCUGCAGGUCUGGACGGAGAAGAGUGAGCUGUUUGAGGAGCUGCGGAGCCUUGACCUCUUUCUGGCAGAGCUGUACCAGCACUUGGACAGCGGCAGCAGCGAGCGCCCGGACAUCAGCUCCAUCAAGCGUCGGAUCCAGAAAGUCACGCAUGAGAUGGACAUGUGCUAUGGGAAGAUGGGCAGCCUGUUCCGCUGCGGCUCACGCCAGACGCUCUUCGCCAGCCAGCUGAUGCGCUACGCUGACCUCUACGCAGCCUCCUUCAUCAACUUCCUCUACUACCCCUUCAGCUACCUCUUCCGGGCACCCCCUGUCCUGAUGGCACACGAGUCGACGGUGGAGCACGGCCGCCUGGACACCGGGGAGGCAGGUGUGGCCCUGGCACCCCGGCUGGCCUGGCACGGCCACCCUGGCCAGCAGGUCACUGGGGCCCCCCAGGACUCCAGCGGGGAGGAAGAGGAUGACGGCGAAGCCUGAGGCCACGCCAGCACCGAUGGCUGCUGAGCUGGCAGGCGCCAGCCCCUGGGAGGGCAUUCGGUGGCCCCUGCCUGUGCCCCACUUCGCACCCCUGCCCAAGCAGCGGUGCCCCUCUCCCCAGUGCCACGCCAGGAGAAGGGCCCCCCCCGACAUUUUCCUCAUGGCCCCCAGCCCGCUCGACGCUAACUCAGGGCCGCCUGACACCAGGGCGAGCCGGCAGCGCCGCUGCUCCAAGGGGGUGUCGCUGGAAAACCCCCUUUGCAGGGGUCAGUGGUCCCAGCUGCCUCUGCCCCUCCAGCGGCAGUGCCUGGCCCUGGGUGGAUGUUGCUUGAGCAUUGGAGGGCUCUGGGGGGGCACAAAUGCUCCCCAGGAAUCUCUUUUAACUGCUAUUACCCUCUCCUGUUUUCUACCCUUUUGUAUUUAUAAGACUCCUGGCUCUGCAGAAACAUAAAAUCGGCUAUUUUAAAGGAAAAUGGCUUUGUUCCUAAGCCCGGGAGGUGGGGACAAAGGGCAAUCCCCAAAUCGUCAGCCAGCAGCUGGGGACAAGCGCGAGCCCCUGGGCAGAGGGCAGCAGCCCAAGACCCUCCCCGCCGGCAGUGUCCUGCACCCCAGAGGAGGGGCUGGGCCGCCUGUGCUCCCCGAGCAGACAGGGACAACCACAUUCAGCUCUGAGACUUCUUCCAGCACCAAGGUUUUCAAUAAAGGCACUGAGCCAACA